AAAUCCUAUAAAUCCACAAUAUUAUCAAGCAGCCCAAGAGUAAAUGAUCUCCAGAAUAUUAUUUAUUUUUGACAACAACAGUACGAUGUAAAAUUAUCUAAGGAGAAGAGCAAGAAAACAGGAGAAACCUGAGAGAGGACAGUAUAACCAGAAAUGUUUUCUUCGAUUAAAGGAUAAGAUUGUCCCUCAAGUUAUCAAAAAUGGACCAAGAAACUAGCAACAGUGACGCCGAAUCGACGGAUUCCGGCGACCGCCACAACCUCGACCCUCGAAACCUACCAACUCUAGAAGAACCAGAUGGCUUCUCUGAAGAUACACAGCCUCCCGUCGACAAUACCUUCGACCUUUCCCUCUCCGCCACUCACUCCUACCUGGGGGACAAUCUCGAGGAACUCCGCGGUCGAACUCUCCUCGACGAAGGCAUCUACAUGAACCUGCCCCUCCUCGUGAAACAAUCCGUUGUCCUCUUCCCAGGCCAAACCCUCCCACUGACAGUCUUUGGCACCCAGACCAUCGAAAUGCUCCAGCAAUGCAUCCACAAGGACCGCACCUUCGGCGUCGUCUGUCUCGGGGUCGACAAGGUGGUUCCCAUAGGAACCACCGCCGAAAUCUAUGAGUACAUGGAAGGUUCUCCCAUGCAGGGCUUCCGAAUCAAAGCCAAGGGCAGACAGAGGUUCAAAAUCAUCCGCGUGAUUCAAGGCUACGGGAAGAUUUCCGCCAAUGUGAAAAUCGUGCCCGAAAUAUCACUUGGGGCUCCGCUCUGGGAAUCGCGAGUCGCUUCCUUGGAUCGUCUGCGGACUCAGUCUUCGAAAGAACUCAGAGAGAAGGUCGAGAGGCUCGAUGCAAUUUCGAGUCCUUGGCCGUCUUGGGUCAGCAGACAGUACGAUCCCAAGAGACUGUCUCAGAAAAUCAGGACGCAUCUUGAUUUCAUUGAGAAGAGAGGGAGCCACGUGCCUGACGACCCGACGGAAUUGUCGUUCUGGGUCGCGCAGAAUCUCCCCUUGGACGACAACGAGAGGAUCACGCUUCUGAAUUAUGACUGUGCAAUUCCAAGACUCCAGAGGGAGAUCAAGUAUCUCAUCAAGGAUCGGGUUUUCGUUUGCUGCCACUGCAAUAAAUUUAUCGGGCUGCAGUCGGACAUGUUUCCGAUGAACAAGGAAGGACCGCAGAGCGCUUACUGCAAUUCGGGGGGGAUUAUUCAUGAGACUGUGACGCUCUACAAGGCUCAGGGGAUGAUUUUGAGCAGGGAGGGACCUUCUUCGGAGUAUUCUUGGUUCCCGGGUUACGCCUGGACGAUCGUCACUUGCGAGGGAUGCGGAAUUCACAUGGGCUGGCGAUUCACCGCGGAGAAUAAUAAUCUGAGGCCGAGAGCAUUUUGGGGAUUGACGAGAAAGAGUUUGAGGUCAAAGAGAAUCGAGGCGAAGAAAUGUCUGGGGGAUGGAGUCGAUCGCAGUGACUCGGAAGAUUAUGUGAGUUCUUAUUAGAGUUGUAAUUUAGAAUAGACUGUUUGUACCCUGAUAAAAAUUAUUAAUAAAGAUUUUCAACUUGA